AUGCCUCGAAAAGGCGGGGCGAAAUCUUCGGCCGCAACAAGUCUCGACCAGUUGUUGCGAGACUUUACUGCUGCCUUCGAGGCUUCCCAAGAGAAGCUAGCUGAGGCGUACGACAACCUCGCUUCGGGCUACAAACAGUACCAGUCGAAACUCCCAAAGACACGACCCCGAGUCCCAUUCGCCCAGUGGACCACCACAAACAUUGACGCUCCCGUCCUCCUUCGCGUCCUCGAGGCGAAAUUCGGUUCUUGCUGGACCAGCCUGCCGAAAUCCGAACAGACUCGCCGCCUCCAGGCCGUCAAAGCUCUCGAGCUUCAACAUCCGCUUGAGCUUUUUCUUUGGUUUGGAGCAGCUGCAGUGAGAUCCCGAGAGGCCUGGCUGGGUAUCGACGCUCUCGACGUAACUGCCCCGACGUUCUUUUCGGAGGUUCUCGCCGUCCGCGCCGAUAGGCAUCGUCGACCUCGCCACUACCUCACCAAUGAGUUCACGCCCUCGGAGAUAAUUUCGGCAAAAAAGCAACUGGCGGAACGAUUGCAGCAGAAAAGCGAAGAAGCCGAACAGUCUGUUGGCGAAUCCGAAGUAACCGACGACGAAUCCGAUCGCCGAAGCGAAACAGACCACACCCAGCCCGACAAAUCCUCUACAUCCAUUGCUCCCACGAGCGACGGGGAUUCCCAAGGUGGAGAUUCCAACGACCGCGAGACACAGUCGAAGACAGCCGGCCAGAACCAGAGUCGAGAGACCUACUUUUCUAGAACAUCACCAUCAUCACCGACAGGCGACGACGAUUCUCGCCAGAAGACGUACGGCGCAAGCACCGGCUAUUUCCGUACCCGCGAUCAGGAAGAGGAAGACGAUUUGGUCAGAUACUCACCCUCGCCGCUCAACGCCCAGUCACCUUCACAAAUGGCGAUGACAGGCACUGUGGACACAGGAUCGGGGGCUGGUAUGGGUGCAACAGCCAGCAGGAUGCGUUCCAGAACGGGUGCGGCAUCUAUGGAAGACAGCGGCAUUGGUAUGAACGACUCCGACGUCGAGGAAACGGAGCAGGAGGUGGGCAAGGCGGACAAGUCCUCUGAUCACCGUGACGAGACCGACACAGAGACAUCGCGGCAGAAGCGCAAAGAAGCCGAGACAGUGCCGGCUACCGACGUCGCCGCCUUGGAGGAGAUCUUCAAAAAGGGCCUUGAGCAGGUUGUUGGGGCGAAAGUUUACAUCGCGCGCCAAGAAGACGACGAGAGCGAGGCAAUGCAGGAUUCCGCUGUACUCAAGAGCAACAUGAUCGAGAUCAAAGAGCGUAUGGUUGCCCGAGCAGCCGAGCUUCUGCGCGCGGCCGAAGGUUCAGAGGAAGAGUGGGUAAGCCAUUCCCAGGGAGAUCUCAGGGCUGGCGAUUGGGAAAAGGGCCUUAUACAGGCGGGCUGUCAGAAGCGGAAGAGGACGGAGGACGCCGCCACGUCCCGGGCGAAGCGAGUCAAGGCGGAGACAUGCGUACGGAAGAUCGCGCUGCAGGUUUAUGAAGCGUCUCAAACGUUGGAGGAACUGCAAAGAAUUUGCGAGAAGGACUGA